AUGCCUCUCAAAGAUGAUGAUGACAUAGCACCACCAGUGCCGGCAAGUAUACGAGCCGGAAGGGUACCUCCUCCCUCCAGCCAAGGAAUUUUCUUCCUGACUGGCGCACUCGCCGGCGCAACCACAAUACCAAUUGAAAGCCUCUGGCAACGUCUCGUCCUUAGAGCACCUGGAUCCCUACCACUUUUGGCGUGGACUCCUAUAUACCGAGGCGGUGUCCGCUUCUGGGCCUUCGACCUCGCCCGCUAUCAUGUCGAGCGUCUUCCCAUACCUGUCGCGAUCAAAGGCGGGCUUUCAGGUGCUGCUGGAGGGUUGGCAGAAGUAUGCGUGCAGUCGCUGUUCAGGAACAAGUUGCCAGAUAUGGCGAGCCUGACGAGCCAGUCUGGCAAACUGUUCUGCUGCUUUGGCACCUACACCUUCCUAUCUACGACGCUUUCUCCGGAGCAGCUACCCCCGAAGCCGUUUUGGUAUUGCUGGCUUAUAGGGGCAACGGCUGGAGGCUUGGGAAGUGGGGUCAUUGCGAGGGCAGAAGGGGUCACAGGGUCUGCUUUAUGGAGGGUUGCGGUUCCAAAGGGAGCCCUGACUAUUGGGACGGUGAUUGCUGUGCAGGUGACGACUUGUGCGGUCAUUCUGCCGUACAAUCGGUUCAUCCCCAAUGGAAGGCUCUGA